ACGGGCGUGAGCUUGCGGGGCCUCGUCGACGCCGGGCAGAACCACCUCGCGCUCACGCCCGACGACCCGUCGCAGCCCACGAAGGUGCUGCUGACCAUCGCGUCCUUCCUCCACCACGAGCUGCCCAUCCGCCUCGCGCGGCGCGUCGUCGAGCUCGACGGCCUGCCGGGCCUCCACGGCAUGGCGUCGGUGCGCCGCGUCCGCGAGUGGUACGCGACGAGCGCGGCGGAGAUCCUCGCCGCGGACCGCCCGACGGACGGGGCGUCGGAGCGCGCCUUCGCGCAGCUCCUGGAGACCAUCUACGAGCGCCACGCGGGCGUCUUGUACACGAUGGCCCAGGGCGCCUUCGAGCUCCGCGCGCGCGUCGGCGAGCGGGGCGCGGCGGGCGCGGCCUUCGAGGACGACGCGUCGAUCCACGGGUUCCUCGACUCCUUCUACACGUCGCGCAUCGGCAUCCGCAUGAUCAUCGGCCAGUACGUCGCGCUGCGGUCGCCCGUCGACGACCGCCCGGACUCCCGCGUCGUCGGGCUCUUCAACACGGCGGUGAACCCCGCGGUCAUCGCGGAGGACGCCGUGCGCCAGGCGACGGCGCUCUGCGAGCGCCAGUUUGGCGUCGCGCCGGCCGUGAAGAUCAUCGGGCGCACGGACCUCGACUUCGAGUACGUGCCCGACCACGUCUUCUACAUCCUCCUGGAGCUCCUGAAGAACUCGAUGCGCGCGUCCUGCGAGAAGCAGCUCGCGCUCGACGCCGACGAGCCCGCGGACAUCAGAGUCAUCGUCGCCGACGGCGAGGACAACGAGGACGUCGCGCUCAAGAUCAGCGACGAGGGCGGCGGCAUCGCGCGGAGCGAUUUGCGCCGCGUCUGGUCCUACCUCUACACGACGGCGUCGGCCGACGUCCAGGCGCGGGGCUUCAACAACGACGGCUCGGACUUCGUCGGCGCGCCCCUCGCGGGGCUCGGCUACGGCCUCCCCAUCUCCCGGGCCUACGCGCGCUACUUCGGCGGCGACCUCACGCUCAUGUCCAUGGAGGGCUUCGGCACCGACGCGUUCGUCUACCUCUCGCGCCUCGGGGACCACGACGAGCCCCUGCCCUGA